GUUUUUGUGAAAUUUCAACUUUGAAUUUAUUUCGUAAAUAAGUUUUUAUGUAUUUGAAAUUAAAUUUUGUUGUAAUUAAUUUGAAUAGUUUAAAAAAAUUUUUUUGAUAUUUUUUUGUUUAUAUUUGAUAAUAUUUCUAUUUUACUAUUUUAUUUUUUUAGAAAUUUAUCAAAGAAUUAAAAAAUUUGCUGCUUCGUGCCAACAUAUUAGCGUUGAAUAUAUUCUGAAAGAUCGAAAGAAGGGAGAAAAGAAAGACGGUAUCAAAGUUUUCCACCACUCAAUAUUUUACUCCAUCUCGCGUGAAAAUGCGUCUCACUAAUUUUUCCGGAACGAAGACAAUAGUGAUGGGAGCAUUCCUGAUUUUUUGGGGAUGUGCAAGUUUCUCACUCGGCAUUCCAUCGGCUACCAUCAUCAACAUGAGCUAUCCGUACGGUCAUCUCGGUUACGGUAUCUGGUGCGGAAUAUUCUUCGCCUUUGUUGGAAUCAUUAACAUUGUUCUUGGCUGCAGAACCACACCAUCCUUGGUUAUCUGGGGUCUAUUUAUGAACAUCUUUGCCUGCGUACUAGGAGUCCUACAGACCGCCCUAGGCAUGGCAGCAGCCAACCAAGACUUCAACGCCAUGAAGCUGAGAGACAUGGAGGGCAGCGACAAUCCAGACGUUAUCCAGAAAUACACGGAGCUGUCUGAGUUCUAUAGAGAAUUUUUUCCAAUGACCUACCGUAUUGCCAACUCGAAACAUCUCGUUCCAUACAUCCACAACGGGACGGUAGCCGUAGACUCACUGCUGGCCAUCUGCGGAAUAUUUGCCGCCAUAUUCGCUGCUGUUGCCGCUUCAAGUUGCGCCAAAGUCACGUGCUGCCCUAAUAUCAAAACCGACCUUGACACUGUUACCGUUGUUUCAUCAGUUCAUCAUGAAGGAAGGCAGAAGCCAACUAGCCAAAUGCUACACGAAAACGCUGGCUUCCAGAGUCAACAAUAAAAAUAUAAAGAUCGGACGGUAUAGAAGAAAUUGACAUAUAUAAUAAAAGGAUGAUGAUGACGAUGAUGAUGAGUGACUGAGAUGAUUAUCAUGAUAUCUGAGUGAAGAAUGGUUUUUUUAAGCAAAUGACUUCUUCUUAUAACAACUUAUUUAUUUAUUUUAAUAAAAUUUUAAAUGUAAUUUAAUUCGAUCAUUGUAUUAUAACGUAUUUAAUUUUUGCGAUUUGUUUUAUAUUUGCAUUCAAUUAUUCGUCUAAUUAAAUAUUUAUUGAAUUUAUUUUUUAAAUUUAUCUUAUGUCGUAGUAGUUUUAAUUCGCUCCUUUUAAUUCAUUUGAUCUUUUAAAAACUUGGAAUCAUUAUUAUCGUAAUUUUACAAUUAUUUUCAAUGAAUUAAAUUAAUUUAUUAAUUAUCAAUUAACAUAAUUAAUCAAAUAAUAAGUUAAUUAAUUGAUUAUAUAACUAAUUAGUGUUUUUUUUAGUUUUUCACAACAUGUACACAUACACCUUUUUAUCUUACGUCUGUUGGAAUGAUUUUAAAAGAAUUUUGUUGAUUUUAAAAAUCGUUUGAAAUUCUCACAUAGUUGAUUAUUUUUAUUAGUAGCUAUUUCUAAAUAUUUAAAUGUCAAAUGAAUAAUAAAUAAAUAAAUAAUCCAAUAAUCUAAUUUAUUUUAUACUAAUCGUGGCAUGUAAAAAAGUUUCAACACUGUUUAUCAGAAAAAUUAAUCACAGACAUACGUUCAGUAACUUUUAUUAAUUCGGUAAAUGAAAAUCUUACUAAUUUGUUCAAUUAAAGUCUUAAUUAAUUAACCAAUUAAUUAAUUACUAAUAACUGGUGUAAAAACAUUUGUUUGUUAAUCCAUUUUGAUCUUUUUCCAAUUUGAUAUUUAAUGUAUGUGCCAAUAAAAAUAACGUUUCUACCAAAUUAAAAAAAA